AGUAGAAUGAUUUUUAACAACAAUAAUCAUUAUUUUUCGCGAUAUGGUUUUGUGUGAUGGAAGUGAAGCUAAGCGAAAGACGAGACCUUCUUCCUUUCGUCAAACUCCUUCCAAAACCAACCUUCCCAUCUCAGAGUUCUUCUGUCCUUUCCUUUCAUAAUAAUUUUAGAGGCUUUGCUCAGAAAUGGAGGUUUCGGAUUCAGGAGAUCUCAAAGGCUGAACAGCCCACCAAGCACUACUUGGUUCAUGUUAUCAAAGAGGGUGAAACUUUGACUUCGAUUUCAAAGCAGUACGGGGUUUCAAUACAUGCAAUUGCCGCUGCUAAUAAGAGUAUACAGGAUGUUGAUAUUCUUUUUGGAGGCCAGCACCUUAACAUUCCUUCUGCCACACGAGACACACCAGUGGUUCGGACUGUGAUAAUUUGGUUACGGGGCCUCAAACUACCAGAAAAUCAUUUAGGAUCUUUGAAUAUCUUGGAUGGACUUCUAGAGCAGAAGAGUUUCAAUGUGCUAUCCUCUCAUUAUUUACCACAUGCUAAAACCACUGGUUAUUUUCUAGUUCUGGUUCCUCUUGUAGCAUUUUGCAUUAGACUCAUACUGGAUGCCUUUCACACUAGAGUUGCUGGAGAGUUGAAAGAUGAAGUUGCGAGUGAAUCAGAGUGCCAGCAUCAUAGGUGCAGAAGCAUGCGGUGGAAAUCUGUUCUCAGUGACAUAGAAGAAAUAGACUCAGUGGAUACCGAGUUAAGUCCACAUUCCAACAACCAUUCAGAAGCUCAAUCUCAAGUUUCUUUCGAAGAGAUGUCACAAGCUUACAACAAGCUCGAACAGGAUUACCAGAAAUUUCUAUCAGAUUGUGGAAUGAGGGAAUCAGGUCACUGGCGUGGAGGUUCUCCUGAAUAAAACCAUUCUGCCGCAUCAAUCAUUACAAAUAUGGCAAUUGUGUAGCUUUUAGAUGUGAUAUAGAAUAUAGGAUUAGAUUUCAAAUGCAUUUUACUUUUUAGUCUCAUAGUAGUUUUACUUGCAACUUUCUGUAUGUAUAUAUGUACCACUAAGUGGUGGGAAUAAGGUUUGGUUACCGAAAAAUCAUCAAUAUACCUAUAAUUUUCGAUGCGU